AUGUCUAUCAAACCCAAAUGGCUGCGAGAUAUCGCUUCAUUAGUCUUCACGGUCUACUACCUGAUUGCGGCGGAACAGGCGGAUGAAAAGGUGCGGCGGGUUCGUGCAACGCUGACCCUGGAACAUAUGCGUGUGUCGUGGAACAAAGCGACCAGCCCUUAUCUGUGGGCGAUGGCGAGCUUGAUGCGCCCACGAAUGACACGAUACUCACCACGAGCUAUUCGCAUCCCUCGCCCAAAGCAAUCCGUACACAGCGACCCUGUGAGUGCGUGGCUGUAUUUUGAUGGGCCUUUGAGCGCCUUGAAAGAGCAGACCUGCAUUGUUCUGGAUGUGCCUGGUGGUGGCUUUGUUGCCAUGGGACCCCGCAACUCUGAAGACAAACUUUUGUCUUGGGCGGGGAAACUGAAAGUACCAGUACUCAGCAUCGAUUACCAGAAAGCGCCGGAGUAUGCAUACCCAUACGCGCUGCACGAGUGCUACGAUGUCUACCAUACCAUCGUGUCUACCAAUGGUCGCUGUGUGGGGCUGAGCGGGCUGACCCGCCCACGAAUUGUUGUGACAGGUGAAAGUGCAGGGGGGAACUUGGCUGUUAGCAUGACGUUGAUGGUCCUGCAAUCCUCCGCGGCUCAAGGUUGGCGGAAUGAAGACAUCCUUCCUCGACCCGAUGGGCUUGUAUUGGCCUAUCCAGCCCUGAACGUGAAAGUAGAAAGCUGGAUGACGGACGAACAGCUGGCAUUGAUUCAGGAUAAAAGUUCUCGAAAAAAUGUGCUGCGGCAAAAACAAGACCACUACAGGAAGCUCACCCCGUUCACCUCACCGGGUCACUCAGUUGAAGAUCUGACCGCCAUAUCCCCUCCAAAACAGGCGGAUGAGAAUGAGGAAUCCAAUAUAGCAGCUGAAGCUGCCAACGCUCUUCGCGACAAGUUGAAAAAGAGCGAGGAGCUCAACGGUGAAAACCCACCCACGAAUAGCGAGGUCAAGCCGCUCAAGACUCGACUGGCAGUCUCAUCCAUGAUCUCAUACGUGCAUGAUAGAAUACUUGCACCUGAAAUGAUGCGGGCUAUGAUUAUUUUAUACAUCGGACCGCAUCAGCGACCGGACUUCAACACCGAUUUUCUUCUAUCCCCAGUCCUUGCUCCGGACGAACUACUCUCCCGGUUUCCCAAAACGUACAUUUUCACUGGCGAGCGCGAUCCAUUGGUUGAUGACACAGUCAUCUUUGCAGGUAGGCUGCGCCAAGCGAAGUUGCAGUAUUUCCAAGAGCGCCAAGACCUCGGACUUGAAAAGUCUCAACGCAAGUUCCGAGAAAAGGACCACGUGGAGGUUUCGUUGAUCCCCGGCGUCUCACAUGGCUUUCUUCAAAUGGCAGGCUUCUUUCCGGAUGCAUGGAAGUACAUAAAGCGCAGUGCAUCGUGGAUUGAGACGCUUUUUGAGACAGCCGAGCUGCACGAAUCUGAGUAUAGCCUUCUUCAGAUGUCUGGUAGCUCCAGAAUGAGCGCAUCCCAAAGAUCAAAAAGCUCAUCAAAGAUCAAUGGCGUUUCGAAGGGCCACCGAAAUUAUAACCAUCGCACUAUGACAGCAGAGUCAUCCGCAGAUGAAGACAAACCACUUGAAAUCGGCAUGACCAAGGCGUCCUCCUUAUCAUUAUCUACAUCAGACUUGGCAGUUCGUCGAAAGAAAUCUCGUUCCCCCUUUGCGUCUUCCAGGCUGGCCGGGUUCACAAGCUUAGAAGAUGAGUCCGCGCCCGAGGCGGAUGGCGGCUUUCUUGCGAGACUCAAACAUCUGGAUAUGAAAUACAAUCACCACAAUGAUAUCGACCCGGAGGAUAUCAACAGUGCUCCCCAGAGCCCUUCUGCUUUCCGUUCCCGUCACAGGAGCAUUUCAUCUUUGGGUAGCGAGGAGGAUAUAUUAGACCGUCGCAUGAACGGUUUAGCUGGUGGACUGAUGGGAGCACAUGGAGAGGGCGUGCAGACACCUGGCCCAUGA